AUGGCUAUUAAAUUUAUGACGAUAAUGCGUUACUUGGGCGAAUUCUUUGCCUCAGCAUUGAUGGUCGCGCUCAGUUGUCUUGGCUGUGCGGAUGGUAGUGAAAUGCCGAAACUGCAAUAUGGACUCGUCGUCAUGAUAAUAAUACAUUGUUUCGGCUUCGUAUCUGGUGGCCAUGCGAAUCCUUGCAUCACUGUCGCUUGUUACAUGAUGCGUUACAUUUCGCUUCGAAUGGCUAUGAUGUAUAUGUUAGCACAGUUUCUUGGUGCAUUGACUGGAUACUUUCUACUGACCACCAUGCUGCCCACCGAUGCUAUUAAUAAGGAUUUGUGUCUGAUGAAGCCAAAUGGUAGCUUAUCGUGGGACCAAACUUUCGUCAUUGAGUUGGUGCUGACUACAACAUUAAUCUUUGGCUGGUGUGCGCUCUGGGAUGCACGGAAUUCAUCAUAUUUAGAUUCAGUUUCCUUGCGUAUCGGGCUAUUGGUAGCGGCUUGCUCGCUAGCUGGUGGUCAAUGGACUGGCGCCGCUAUGAAUCCAGCAAUUACGUUAAUACCGGCAGCCUACCAUCAGAAAUUCGAUGAUACUGCGGUGUAUUUGGCGAGUCAAUAUUCGGCUGGAAUAUUUGCGCCAGUACUGUGGAAGUUAUUAUUUUCGCCGCGCAGCUUUUUUAAUAGUAGUAAGGCCUGUUAGAUCGUCGGUAUAUGUAAAUCCAUACACGGGUAUUAUUCGCUGAAGUCUAGGCUAAUAUUGAAGUAAACUUUUGCGCGCGUACUCAAAUUGUCGGUGAAAUUUUACGAAUUCUCAUAAGUACUUUUGAUCAAUAAAAAAUCGAAGUGUUUAAUU